CAUCCUCUCAUCCACUCAAUCAUGUCGUCAUCCACUUCUCCAUCACCUCCACCAGUACCGUCAUCCUUACUCGCAGACUGGCUCACAGAGAUAGAACGUCUUCUCAACAACCCACAGGACCUGCAGUUGGACAGGGUACCGGGGAGAGUCAUCGAGAGUCUACAAGCUGUUACUACCGAGAUCUACCGCUCGCUCAUAGACUUCGAGAUCCCGCUUCAGCUUCCCCUCCCUCCCUUUCUACAAAUAACGCCACCUGCUCCUCCCCCACCUCCACCACCACCACCACCUGUGGUCUUUCACCAACAGAUCAUCAAUCACCUCUUCGAUCACAUCCAUGCUCAUCCGAUAAUAGCUGGACUCAUAGGUGCCUGGCUGGGAGUCACGGCUUUGGCCGUCGAGGUCGGUUGGCAGGUCAAGAUACGAGAGGAUGCACGCUUAGGAGUGAAUACCGGUCGAGGUUUCGUCGGGAUGGCUGGAUCUGGGAUAAGCGGGUUGAAGAGGUUGAUAUCGAAAGAGGCAGAAGAUGAUCCGGAUUGGAAUGGCUAUGGAAAGGGAAGGCUAGGAAGGGUCGUCGAUGGGUUCAUGGUAGAUGCCGUCCUUAUCAUAUCGCCCCCGUCGAACCCCCUCUUACUCCCACUCCUCAUCUCCCUCUUGAAAUCGCAACACGUAGUCCUCCUCGGGUUGAAAGAGCUGGAAGAGGUCGAAGAGGUCGAGAGGGUUCUAAAGGGCCUCGGCGCAAGUGGUUCUUCGACAUCGUCUUCGGCACAUGCUGGACAGGGAGGAGGGUUAGGGGGAAAGAAGAGGGGUUCGGGAGUGGAUCUGAUGGCUGGUGUUUGGGUUGGGGUUCUGGAUGUAGACGAUCCCGCCUCGGUCCAAGCGUUCCAUCGAUCACUCCACGCGGCACUGACCACCCGUUAUCCCUGCCCAUACCCACCUAUCGACCUCGACUCGGACCCCUCGCGCGCCUCGGCGGUCAAUUCGAUGGGAGAUGCUAAGCGGAUGAUGAACAAGGAUAGGUAUGCGCCGUUACCCAAGCACUUACCCCGGGUCAGGAACGUUUGGAAUAUGUACGGGCUGGGUGGGGGAGCGACGAGAUCGGGGUCGGGAUCAAGGGUACCGCCCAUCCCGGCGCUGAUGAAACCGCCCGCAUCGUAUGCAUCAUUCACCUCGCUCGGCCCGACGUCGAUCUCAUCAGAAGACCCUCGCUCGACUACAACGAUAUCCAAGGGAAAGGCUGCUCGGCGAUCGCGAUCAGACGCUUCGGUCGGGUUGUACACGUUCGUUCCGACCCGCACGCUCUGGCCUCUACCGAGAGAAUUCGAUCACCAGCUAGACACCCUCGAGAACCUUUUGUUGGGCAGGAAUGCUGUACUGGAUUCUAGCCAUUCGGCAUGGACAAAGACACGGGCAGGCAAGGAGAAGAAGCGGGGGGAGACGACGUUAGUUCUCGGGCGGCACGUCGAGGUGUAUGUUGGGGAUAUGGCUGGCGCAUUGCAAGGGUUGGAUCUGAGAAGAUUGAGCAAGAGACCUGUCACGGAGAGGUUCGGGACGAUGCCGUGGUUCGACAAGCGACCGUUCGAAGCCUUUAGAAGUCACGAGACCAGGUAUGUGAGGUACCUCGCUCCUGCCAGGCUGGCAGUCGACUUUGUCGUCGGUUCGAUCACGUGGCCCGUGAGACAGUUAUGGGCGGGGAUCUCGGCGUUGAGGCUGGAAUUCAAGAGGAGUGAUGACGAGUGGAUUCGUGUCGAGAGGAGAUUGUGUGGGACUUUGCGUGGUGGAUGGGGCUGGGGUGUCGUGGGAAUCGGCAAAUCAGCGACCUGGCCAUAUGUCAUGGCAUCCAUCCUCCCCGCCCGAUUCCUAGCCUUCUUGUUGAAUCGCACACCCAUGCUCGAGGCUCUCCCGCCUCUUCUUCCCGCCACCCGUACAUACGCGACCAGCCAGCCAUCUGGCCCGCCAAGCGAGAGUGCGGAUCCUGGUCCCGCUCAUGAUACGCCUAAAUCGAGCGAAGACGAUACGGGAACGAUGCCGAGCCUGGAUGAGAGCUUUACGAGCGGGUCGGCUGAGGAAGGGAUGAAUUCGAGCUGGGUCGGACUUUGAGCGUCCUCUCGAGCGCGAGGAUAGCUCGACACGAUGCGGGAAUCGAGAAUGUGUAAUAUAAUAGAAAGACUCGCUUGUAGCCCUAAUUGUAUCGAUACAACCACUC